GGCGAGGCUGCCGUGGAUUGAACACGGCGUGGUGACUGUGGGGAAGUGAUGGACGCUUUUGGUUCCUUGGGAGACACGCCGGUUCCCGGACAGUUUGACGAUGCCGAGUCUGGGGAGAGUGAUGGUGGCUAUUCUGAUAAAGCACAAGAGGAGGUUAGAUGGGCGGAAAAGAAGAUUGAGAUUCUGCAGCUGAAAAAUCCAGAUGAAGAGGAAUUUCCUUUUGAGAGCGAUGAAGAUGAAGACUGGGACUGGGACGAUUGUGAUGGUGAUCUCACCAAGCGUUAUACAGCUUAUAGAAACAACAGUCAGCAGGCAAAUAGGCAAGCUAACUAUAAUUCAACGAGGAUGUCCGCUCCACCAGACAAGGCUCUGAGAAAAUUUGAACAUAAAAUUAAUCUCGAUAAACUAAACUUUGCUGAUUCUGUGAUAAACAAAGUAACUGAAAAGUCAAGGCAGAAACAUACAGACAUGUAUCGAGUUAAAGAUAAAUCUGACCGAGCCACAGUAGAACAGGUUUUGGAUCCAAGAACUCGAAUGAUUCUGUUUAAAAUGCUGAGCAGAGGAGUGAUCUCUCAAAUCCAUGGAUGUAUCAGCACAGGCAAGGAGGCAAAUGUUUAUCAUGCAACUACAAACAACGGAGAAAACAGAGCAAUAAAGAUCUACAAAACUUCAAUCCUAAUAUUUAAAGAUCGUGAUAAAUAUGUCAGCGGUGAAUUCAGAUUUCGCCAUGGUUACUGCAAGGGAAAUCCAAGAAAGAUGGUGAGAACGUGGGCAGAGAAGGAGAUGAGAAAUUUGAUCAGGUUGCAGACAGCAGAAAUACCUUGCCCGGAGCCAAUCAUGCUCAGGAGUCAUGUGCUUGUUAUGGGCUUUAUUGGUAAAGAUGACAUGCCAGCACCACUGUUGAAGAAUGCUCAUUUGUCUGAAUCCAAGGCAAGGGAGCUUUAUCUUCUUCUGAUUCAAUAUAUGCGAAGAAUGUAUAAGGAUGCUCGGUUGGUUCAUGCUGAUCUCAGUGAAUUUAACCUGUUGUACCAUAAUGGGGGUAUUUAUAUAAUUGAUGUAUCACAAUCAGUAGAACAUGAUCAUCCAUGUGCUUUGGAAUUUCUCCGAAAAGACUGUCUCAAUGUUAAUGAAUUUUUCCGUAAACACAAUGUCGCCGUUAUGACUGUGCGGGAGCUCUUUGAAUUUGUCACAGAUCCUUCCAUUGCAGAAGAUAACCUUGAUGCUUACCUUCAAAAGGCAAUGGAAUUAGCUGCAAAUAGAACAGAGGAGGAAAGAUCCAACCAGGAUAAAGUAGACGAAGAGGUGUUUAAAAAGGCCUACAUUCCCAGGACGCUGAAUGAAGUGAAGCAUUAUGAACGAGAUGUUGACAUUAUGACCAAGUCCAAGGAGGAGAAUGUUUUAGAUAAACAGCAUGACAAUAUUCUGUACCAGACAGUAACAGGAAUGAAGAAGGACUUGACAGGUGUACAACAGGUACCUGCUCUUCUCGAGAGUUCAGAAGAAAGUGAUGAACAAUCUAAUUCUGAUGAUGAUGACUCUAAAUCAGACCUCAAUCCUGAAGAAGGAGAAAAGACUCCUUCAAAAAAGCAUAUCGAGGAAGAUGAAACUAACAAAAAGGAUAGGAAAAGAUUAGUUAAAGAAGCCCAGCGAGAAAAACGAAAAAACAAAGUGCCUAAACAUGUCAAAAAAAGAAAAGAAAAGGUUGCUAAAAUGAAGAAAGGGAGAGCUUAGAUGUUUGAAUGACUGUUUUACAUCAACUGGCGUAUGUUGAUUGAUGGUCGUCACAAGUUUACAGAAUGAAGAGUUCCAUUUUCUAACUUGGUUCAUCUGUCCUGUGAGAUCUGAAACUCCAUGUUCCAGUGCCUAUUAUUUCUCAGAUAACUUCUGUUUCUUCUUUCAAGUCCUAGUCUCUCUCUAUCACCUCAGUCCUUGUGUAAAUAGAGAUGUGUUCUGUUAUUAUCCAAAAGUUAUCUUUACUAAUUAUGAAUGCUGCUGCAUAAAUUAUUUUCCCAGUGUAAAAAUAAUAAAUCUUAACAUGAAUGAAAGAUUAAAUAUUAUUCAAGACUUUAGUGAAUAUGCACCACAUCCUGUCUUGUAAAUUAAAGGAAUUCGAAUUUUGUAAAUGUUAAUGAAGCCAUCAGUAAGAAAUUAGUAAGAAACCUGUGAUGUUAAUGUUUUAGAAACAUAUUCAAAUAUAGAAUAGCUUAAAGAAAAACAAAACUGAAUUUAGGAAACAGAUUAGGUGCAUUAUUGUAGAAGCUGAAGUUGGGUCCGCAAUACAGCUAUUAAUCUAAUCAGUUCAUCAGGAUUUGGCAGAUUCAAAUUGUCAGAAUUUUCUAAACCACAGCACAAAUUCAACACCAUGUUUCAGAGAGCUUAGGUCAGAAUUGUAAUUGUCUUACAUUAUGAUAUUGCAACAGAGUUGAGAGUUAUUAGCCAAUAUUACAUUUGCUUUAGAAUAAUCUAAUUCUAAUAUGAAGUUACCAAAGUAAGUCUUUCCUAACCACUGGCAUCACCUUACCUUAGUGAGAGUGUUAAAAUAUUGGGAACAUACUGCAGAGUGUGUGUUCAAUCAUGUAUAGAUCUUCAACGUUUCUGGAGAAUCUUGUAUAGUCCAUAAGACAUAGGAGCAGAAUUAGGCCAUUCAGCCCAUCAACUCUGCUUCAUAAAUGCACAGAAGAGAUUCUAUUAUAGACUUCAGGGAGAGUAAGCCAGGAGGAUAUAUACCUGACCUGAUUGAAGGAUUAGCAGUGGGAAAGGUGAGCAGCUUAAGAUGCCUUGGUUUCAACAUCAUGGGCCAAACACAAUGAUGCAAUCACAAAGAAGGGAUUCCAGCCUUUAUUUGGACUCCUGCAAAUGUCUACAGUGGAAGGCGUUCUGACUGACACUUCCCUACCAGGUGAUGAUGCAGCCAAUGCACAGGAUCAAAAGAGGCUGCAGAGUCUGCUCACUCCAUCACAGGCACAAGCAUCCUCACCAUCAAGGACAUCUUCAAAAGCUGGUGCUCAAGAAGAUAGCAUCCAUCAUUAAGGACGGUUACAAAAUGAGGCACACCCUCUUCUCAAUAUUCCCAUUGGGGAGGAAAUAAGGAGUCUACAGAGACACUCAACAUUUUAGGAACAGCUCCUCUGCCAUCAGAUUUGAUUAGUCCAUAAACACCAUCGUUAUUCCUCAUUUGCACUACAUUUAUCUCUAUAACUUGUAGUAGUUUUUAUCUUUCACUGUACUGCUGGAAGUCAAAUUUUACAACAUGUCAGUAAUAAUAAA